CUCAAAAUAAACUGAUAUGAAGACAAAAGCUUCUUAUGAUGUGGAUCUAAUGGUUUUGAAGAUUAUAGCCAUUCACCACAUGCUAAGGCCCCAGUCAUCUGGUUUUGAUGGAAUUCGUAAGUAACGUCUGUAUAGGCGUUGCUUUGUUGAGGAACUUUUGGGUCUCCAAGCCCCACUAAGAAAAAGUCCUAUCGUUACAUUUGCCAAAUGAGAUAGUUUAGUUAUGUGGAACUUGUAAGUACAUGCGAUGGUAAAUUCCUUCUCCUAAGUCACUAACUGCUGUUGGGGUUUUUCAGGAUUACAUUGCCGGAUGGGAAGGUGAAGGAGGGCAAAAAGUGGAUAACUUCCCCAUUUGAAAUUGCAAGUGAGAUUUCAAAGAGUUUGGCUUCCAACGCUUUGAUUUCUGAGGUCAAUGGGGUUCUAUGGGACAUGAACAGGCCUUUGGAGGGCGAUGCUGAGCUGAGGCUCUUCACAUUGGGCUCAUUCGACAACAAUGAGGAUGUCCGCCACACUUUCUGGCUUCUAGCUCCCACAUUCUUGGACAGGCACUUGAGAUGGAGUAUGGAUGCAGGCUCUGCAUCGGUCCGUGUGCCAGAAUUGGAACAAGACAUGUGUACCACUAGCAUAGAGGGUUUUUACUAUGAUGCAUUUUAUGGAGAUUUUGGCUUGAAUGAUGAACACUUUAAGAAAAUCAAAUCAUGGGCAGAGUGGGCUAUUAAGGGGAAACAACCUUUUGAACGCAUUGAAGUAUUAAGGGAACAAGCCCUUGAGAUGUUUUGUGAUAAUAAAUUCAAGGUUGAAAUCAUCAAUGGUCUUCCAGCGGACAAAACUAUCACUGUAUAUAGAUGUGGCCCUUUGGUUGACUUGUGUCGUGGACCCCAUAUACCAAAUGCAUCAUUUGUCAAAGCAUUUCAAUGUUUGAAGGCUUCUGCAGCCUACUGGAGGGGUAACAAAGAUCGUGAAAGCUUACAGAGAGUUUAUGGAAUAUCUUAUCCUGAUAAAAAACAUGUGCAGGCACAUAUCCAGAAGCUAGAAGAAGCAAAAAAAUAUGACCACAGAGUGUUGGGUAAAAAUCAAGAGCUUUUCUUUUUCGACCCAGUUAGCCCAGGAAGUUGCUUUUUCCUCCCUAAAGGGGCUCGGAUUUAUAAUAAAUUAAUGGAGUUCAUAAAGAAUCAGUAUAGAGAGAGGGGAUACGAAGAGGUUAUAUCACCAAACUUGUACAAUAUGAAACUCUGGGAAACAUCUGGCCAUGCUGAAAAAUACAAAGACAAUAUGUUUUUGGUUGAGGUACGGGAUCAGAUCCAUCAAGCUGGUUAUUAUGUCAAUGUUGACACCAGUGAUAAAACAAUUCAGAAAAAGGUACGACAAGCUCAAAUGGCACAAUACAACUACAUUUUAGUUGUGGGUGCGGUGGACGUUCAAAAUGGACAGGUUAGCGUAUGGGUUAGAGAUAAGGGUGAUGUGACAGUAAUGAGUACGGAGGGCUUACCACAACACUUCAAGGACCAAAUUGAAGCUUUCCAUUAGGAUUCCCUUCAUUUUAUUAUUUAUUUUUGGCGUGCGAUGCUCUGAACUUGUGCCACCUAUUACCGAGUUUCGGACGAGUUUUAGUUUGACAAGAAAA